AUGGCAGAUCCCACCGAACUAAGCCCUGAGUCGGCAGGAGCUGGCAUUGCCGUGGCUGACACCUGUAGUUUGGAGAUAGAGAGGAAGUAUGACAUCAUCCCUGCUGUCAUCUGCUCCAUGUGUUGCCUCUUUGGCAUCAUCUACUGCUUCUUUGGUUACCGCUGUUUCAAAGCGGUCAUGUUCCUGUCAGGUCUGAUGUUUGGCUCCAUCAUCAUCUUCCUGCUGUGUCACAAGGAGCACGUGCUGGACACCCAACUCAGCGUGGAGGCCAGCGCCGGAAUCGGACUGGGCAUCGGCUUGCUGUGCGGCCUGGUGACCAUGUUAGUGCGCAGCGUCGGACUUUUCAUGACGGGCCUCUUGCUGGGCCUCCUCUUGGCUCUGGCCGCCCUGCUGCUCACGCAGCAGUUCUACGCACCCACCACGGUGUGGGUGCCUCUGGGUGCGCUGUUGGGCUCGGGCAUGUUGUUCGCCGUGCUGACACUGCAGUGGCAAAAACUCUUCACCGUCCUCUCCACGGCGGUGUUCGGUGCCGCCAUCAUGACUGUGUGCGCCGACUACUUUGUGGAGAUGCUGGCUUUGGCCACAUACGCAUACGGAUGCCUGCGCCUCUCGCCCGGCCCGCCUCUUUGCUGGUACAGCUGGGUCAUUCUCGGUAUCUGGCCCGCCCUCAGCAUCAUGGGAGUCCUAAUCCAGUGGAAAUUGACGGAUGGCAGCUUCUCCCACACGGAUGUGGUUUUAAGUCGGCGUCAAAAAAGAGUGCAGCUGAUGCGCAUUAGAGAGAAGGACAGCAGGAAGCGGCAGCAGGCAGGUGGGCAGGAAGGCACGUACCGCCGUAAAGCCACCCCAGUCAAACGUUACGCUGGGGACCUUCUGGCGCCGAGCUACCUGCAAAGUCUGCGGGACAGACAAAUGGGCACCGGUACUUCCCUUAGCAGCCAGAGCACGACCAACCACACCGUCAUGGACUUGGACUGUGAAACCGGCUCCACGGUGCCCCUUACGGCGACAACCCCUGUCGUCAGGGUCUGA